AUGGGUCAGGAGGAUGUAUUCAUCAGCAAGUUUCUGCUAUUGCCUCCGAACGAACAGUACGCGGUAGCUUGGAGACUCGAUGAGUUCAUCCAGGCAGGGUCUGAGGCGCUGGACACCCUGAAGGACAAGGUAUACUCAGUGAUACCGUUCUCAGCAGGGUACUUGCAGGAGAAGGAGCGGAGAGGAGCGACGGCCGCCUUUAAGAAGAAGUGGGCCUUUAUGAUCGAUCAUCCGGUGGAAGUCCGAGCGCGCAUGCUAAUAUGGACAAUGAACUUCGAAUUUCUCACCAACCUCGAUAAACGCAUCCGAAAGACUAGUACAGCGAGACCUCAAAGGAGGGUGGACUGA